AUGGGCGAUUUCAUAGUUGAGGAAACUCUUUGUCGCAAAGAUUUGAAAGUUUCUGGAAACAAUGCCAUCGUCAUUACUGGCAUUAUAGUCGUGGUUUUGUCUACAUUACUUGCGUUUGUCAACUCACUUGUCUUCCACUUUGUAAAGAAAAGUGUAAGUGUUUCUUUUGGUCGAAUAUGAUACUUUUUGGUCAGAACCUUGAGUAUUAUUUUUGCAAUUCUUAAUGUGUAUAUUAUGUUGCAACAGUAAAACUAUACAUAACAUUAUGUUUCAGUUAUUAUUGCCAAUUGUAUCCUUUUAGCUAACCGAACAUUCGGAAAAUCUCGUGGAGCAAACCCACAAUAUCAUGGAUGCCGUCAUGGUAUGUAUGUUGCCGAGGUCGCUGAUGGCAAAGUUGAGAGGCGAGAAAAGUAGUAAGCCUGGAAGCGUAAGCAAGGAAAGUGUUGCUACCUGA